GUUCUGCAAUCUGGAAAUAAAGUGAAUAAAUAAAUUAAUUAAUGGAAAAUAUAUUUUAUGAUUAUCUUCAAAUUUUGCCUUUCUAAUGUGCCUUAUUAUCAGUUCUUUGGAAGAAAUUUAUGUUUAUUUUAUUAUAUAAAUGUUUUGACCAUAGGUGGUUUAUGGAGUUGAUGCCAACAUCGAAUAUUUUUAUUAAUUUUCAAUUUGUUUCCUGAAAGCAAGACAUUUUCUUCUUGUUCCCACUGAACUUCCUUCAACACGGUCAAUGGACAUUUAGUGCUUUUAGAGGAAGUCUGUGUUCCUGUACCAUUUGCACGUUUGCACGGUCCUUCUCCAACCGAGAAAUGCAUUUUUUUUGCUGAGUGUGAGCAGGAAAAGCUGCAAAAAUUCUGAUGAGGUUCUAAUGAUCCUACUUGACUAUUAAUAUAAUUUAAGUCUAUUAUAAUUCUCAAAUAACAAUAACAUGAUAGGGAAAAUGGAUGUGAAAGGAAUUUUGUGGAAAAAAGAAGUGAUCAAUAAUUAUUAUCAUAAUCACAUUAGUUAAAUGGAGACCAUGAAACAUUAACUUUCAGCUAUUGCAUAAGCAAGUUGAAAAAAAUGUUAUUGCUCAGGCUUAGCAAAGAAAUAAUUAGUAUUUUACUUAUUCUUCCCUAAUGGUGUUUGGGAGCAACAGAGUAAUCAUGGUUUUAAGAACAGUUCAUAGAUUUUUUUAACUGUAGUUACAAUUAUUGUUCAUAAUCUAUACAAGUACAGUAGGCAGAGAUCUGGGUAUGGAAUAAUAAGCUGAGUUUUCAUUAAAGCACAUAUUUCAAAACCUUGUCAGCAACACUAGGAUUCAGUGAUUUGGAAAAAAAAAUGGAUCAAUUGUAUUGCACACAUACUACAGGAAACAGUGUUGUGAACUUAUUGAAAGUGUUCACCACAGUGUUUUAUUAACAUAGAAACUCUGACACAGAUUCUUAAAGGCAAGGAAUAUGCAUAGUUUUUUAAAGUUCUUAUAGAAAACAAUGAUGAAUUCGUUUGCUAUGUGCUACUGUAUGCUACUGACCAUUUUUUUUAAUCACUCACAGACUCACAAUAACGACUUGAAUAUAUUUCCUGAAAGGUCAGUGAUUUAGUCAUCUAGAAGUCCUAAUUAAUUAAAUAUUAAUAAGAGUAAAAUGUAACCUAUGUAAAUUGUGGUUAUCAAAGCUGAAUUUAAGUAUUCCUAUUGUUCUAUAAAUAUUUAAUUCUGAGUUCAGGAUAUUUCCUAGAUGGUUAACCAUUUACAUCCAUUCAUACACUCAUUCGAUUCCACUUUUCUCUGUUUCUCCAGAUAACCCCGACUAAUACAGUAGAUAAUACAAUUUUACUUCUAAAGAAAUGUAGUCUAUAAAGCUAAGUAGCUUCCCAUGCUGUUUGAACGCAGAUGGUCUGUUCUCACUAUUGUACCAUGCUUCCUCUAAUUAUCAACUCUUCAGUGAGAUAUCCACAUGUAUUAAGAACUGAUAUUUGACUCAAAAUGUGUGAACUAACAAAAUAAAUUCAAGUAUUAUCCUACUAACCAGGAGGAUAUUUUGUCAUGACCAUUAAGAGAUGGGGAAUCUAGAUAUAGAUACAAAAACAAACAAACAAACAAACAAACAAACAAACCAGGGAGUAGCUGUUAUUGCAGGGUGAAGCUGGAAUUCAUUUGCUUGCAUUUAAACUCUAUACAUAUGACUUUACUUUCACCAAAUUCUCCGUUUAUUUACUGAUUUUUAAAAGUAUGCCAUACCAAUCAUAUAUAUGUAUUAAUAUACAUAUAUUUAAAGAUUCAAAUACAAAAGCACAAGUUCAAAUUUUGAUAUAUUUUUAAUUUUUCAGAAAGCAAUAUACUCAUUCCUCAUAUUAUAUUGAAAUAAUUGUUGAAUUUAAUGCACUAAAAUGCUAAAUAGGGAUGAUAGAGAGCUGAUAUGAUAGAUGAUAGAUAGAUGAUACAUAGAUGGAUGGAUGAUAGAGAGAUGAUAGAUAAACAUCAGUAAAUGUAGAACAUGGCCUUUAAUUUAUAAAUUAACAAUACUAGUCCAUUCUAUCAAAAGAUUCUUUGGGUGUUUUAGUAUUUUAGUUACAGUGAAUAAAUUAAACUAUGAUUAUUAAUUGCUCUUAUAAGGAAAUAUUGGUAUAAUUGUACUUACAUGGCUCUUCAUAGAUAUAUUUGCUUUAUUUUCUUGCACUAUUGUUGACCUAUUUUAAUCUGAAAUGCUAGAAUGAGUAAACUUAGCUUUUACUUAUUUUUGAUAAACAAGUAUAUAAUGUCUUUUAAUAAUUGUCAUGCCUCACUAUUUGUGCCUUCUUAUCUCAGACUCCUCCUUUCAAAUGCCUCCCAAUUUACCUCCAUUUUAAAAAAGAAUUAUCCCACUAAUUCCAAAUGUAGCCCUUGAGGUGGUUUUUAUGUGCUUAGCCCUGGGAGUGGCACCAUUAGGAAGUGUAGUCUUUUUGGAGUAGUUGUGUCAAUGUAGUUGUGGGCUUUAAUACCCUUAUACUAGCUCCCUGGAAAUCAGUAUUCUGUUAGCUGCCUUCAUAUGAAGAUGUAGAACUCUCAGCUUCAUCUGCACCAUGCCUGCCUGGAUGCUGCCAUGCUCCCACCUUGAUGAUAAUGGAUUAAACCUCUGAACCUGUAAGCCAGCCCUAAUUAAAUGUUGCCCUUAUAAGAGUUGUCUUGGUCAUGGUGUUUGUUCAUAGCAGUAAAACCCUAAGACAGCCCUCUUACCAAUGGCCACAGCCAAGCAGCUAUGAACAUCCAAUGGCUACUCAGUUAGGGGUUGGGUCAUGUUGAAAGGUUGAUUGGCUUGAGAAUGUGCAGGACUUCUGCACACAACCACAGCUAUUUUGAAAUCUUGAAUCCCACAAAUGUUGUCAUGUCCACAGGAGACUAUUUUACAGAAGCCCAUUCAUGGACCUUCUGUCCAUCUCCUGUGAUUUUUCCUGAGCCUUAGGAGAAGUUAAUGUGAUGGUUUUUCAUCAGUACAGAAUUUUUAUCAUAUUCUUUCUACCAAAGAUAUACUAAGUAUGACUUUGGCUAAUGUAAAUUGUAGUUUUUCAGAUUUUUCCCACAUAAAAAUCAAAUCCUUUACUACAUAUUAUUUGAAAACAAUCUAUAACAAUUUGAGAUGAUUGAUAUGCUACAUAGAUGGACAAGAUGGUCUUUUCAAAACACAUAUCAAUACAAAAAAUUAUAUACCUCAAGCAUAUGCAUUGGUUCAUGAAAUAACUCAAUAAAGACACUCAAGUAUGAACUAGCUUGCCAUCCCUGUGCCCUUGACUCCUCCCAAUAUUGAGUGACAAGAAGAAGUAAGAGUGGAUAUUAAAUUUUUUACAUUCUUGCAUAGUUAUACUUGAAAAUAUGAUACCUAUAUUUUCACAAUAAAACUGAGCAUGUGAGGCAUCUACAGUGACAAUUUUCUUAGUUUCUCUUUCAAAAUGUUCACCAUUUAUCAAUACAUUUUAGUUUUUCUAGUCUCUAUAAUCUGACCAGCAUCAAUCCUGUGUUAAAUGCCACUCUUUCACCAGCUAAAAUAUUUCUUAUGACUCUUCCAAGGUAACAAAAAAAAGGGUUCUAUAGCACAAACUUCCAGGCUUUCAGUCUCUGACAUUAACUCCAUAGUAAGUUCUGUUGACAGAUACAUAGUCUAGUUUUUUUUUUAAUUUAUCUUUGACAUAAAAAGAAAAUGGUUACCUCUUUACUACAUGUCUUUCCCCUAAGGACCACGUUCCGUAUUAGUCUGUCUGCUAUCUUCUCUGUUCUCUGAAAACUCACAUCACAUACUAGGUGGCCAGCGGCUCACCUUCAGGUUGCUGGGUAAGUUGGCAGAGUUUACGAAUAUCAAACUUUCAAAGUCACUUAUAUUAUAUUGUACACCUUAUUGUGGAGUUUAGAGAGCAUCUACAGACCUUAAUCUGAGACCAGAGUCAUUUAUAAAUAUUCUCUUUUGAUAAAUAGAUUGUAUUUUGGGAAUGAAUUUUUCAGCAAGUGCCUGUUGACCCAUAUGAUGCUUCUCAACUCCAUUCAGCUACUGUGGACUUAACAAUGGAAAACCCCAAAUAGAGGGAAAUACAGCCUUGUUUACUUUUCUACUACGUCCCUGAAAGUCUCACGCCUGAUGUCUAAUAUAACACAGUUGUAGCCAGGUGACAAACAUUCUAUUUCAGUCAACUAGAAAUAAUGAAAAAAGCAGAGUUGGUCUUCUCCCAAGGAUGCUGGUAUACAGUGCUAAAAUUAAACGACAUGACUUCUUUGAAAACAAAUGCUGACCUUCAUAUCCUAUUUACUAAUCAGAACCACCUCCUCCUUAAUCACCAGUGCCUCCUUACACAGAAAGAUAUGAAGUGCAUACUGUGCAUAUUUUAGGUUGAUGAGACAUUAAAGUAACAUUCUACAGACUUAUCAGAUUCUUUUUUAUAUUUUAAAUAAGUGUGAUACAUCUACAUGACGUGUGUGUGUGUAUGUGUGUGUUUGUGUGUGUGUGUGUGUGUGUGUGUUUGUAUAUCAAAAAUUAGUGGGGGAAAAGAGGCCACAAAUUUGAAAGUGAGCAAGACAGUAUAUAUAGGAGUGUAUUAAGGGAGGAAAUGUAAGGGUAAAAUAAUGUAAUCAUAUUAUAAUCUCCAAAUUUUAUGAAAUAUUAUUUUAAAGUAAAUUAGGACACCAUGUAAAGAAAUCCUUCAUUUGUAUUGGGAACCACCAGGGAGAGAAUAAAUAAAGCCUGAGAGAACAUUGGCUCAUUAUUCUGACACUGCUGGUCCUGCUUUGCUUUUCCCCAACAGUUUAAAUGUUGGUGAUUUCCAAAUUUUAAUUGACUUCUUACAUGUUUUGUAGUGCAACUAAGCACUUCAAUGUACAAUUCUUUCACAAGAGGCAAUUCAAUUCCAGCACUCUUUGUUUCUUUCUUUGAAGGUAUCAACCCCCUUACUAACUAAAAUAGCUCUACUCUUCAAUACCCCCGUGAAAUAAAGACAGCCAAAUAUAAGUAGUGGAUACUACACAUUCCCUCCGCUGCACUUUAAAAGGAAAGCCACUUACCUUAUCUUUUCAAAUGACCUUUCUCAAAGUAGAAAAAGACCAAAUAAGAAGGUAACAUUACAAAUUAAGUAACCUUUGUCAAACUCUUACCAUGAUUUAUGAAAAAUUGCAUGGGUACUUUACUGGCUUCACACACACACACACACACACACACACACACACACACACACACACACACACACACAGUUUGAGGAAACGACUAUUGCCUAAAUUUGAAGAACCCUCUUGAGGGUGAGUUAUGCUGUAUUCAUCCAUAUCAACAGCAUGAGGAAAAUUCCAAACUUGAAGCUAAGGCUAGCAUUUGUUUUGCACAUUCUCAAAUUUGCAUCCCGUGAACACUAUCUCUCUUUUAAGCCUGAGUGAUUUUCCUCUGGUAAAACACUCAAAGAGGGCUUUGGUAGCUUUAGCAACUAUGUAUCCAAAGGAAUGCUAUUUUCUUGGUGUUGGUAAGGAUUGAGAAUCUCUUAUGAGUGUCGAUAUCCCUGCCAGGAGACCCUUGGAAUAGUCAUUCCAUUUAGAAAAAACACCCACACUUGUUUACUAUAAUUCUUCAAGUGAGAUGCAGGAUGAUAUUGAUGGGUGAGUGUGCGUGACUUCCUGCUGGGAGAAAGUACUGAAGCUGCCUCAGCUGCUCACAUCAAUUUUGAAAACAGCCAGUCAGGCCUGAAAUCCCUGUUAUCAUAAGCUGUGUACAUUACAAAACAUUGUAAUUUAUUCAGGAGUCAGAAGAGGUGAGAAGUUCAUGCUUGGUUUAGUUCUUUUGGCACUAGCAAGAGGCAGGGAAGGCACUGCAGUACUAUUCAUCUUCAGAAAUAUAAUGCUGACCUCCAAGAGGAUGCUCCAUCUAAUAUAAACCCUACGCGCCUUGAGUACUAGGGUUACAGUAUGAAAGGGCAUCUCUCAAGCUAAGUCGCUGGACUUCCUCUGUACUAGAGAUCGCUGAUGAAUGAGCCAGCAGUUGAAUGUUUAGCAGGCUGUGACGACUUUGCACGGAAAUAUGAAAAUUUAUUAUCAGCUUGCCACAUCAGCGCUUGCCCUGCCUGCCUUUGCUCUUUUCCUUCUGAUGAAUACUCCCACUCUAUCUGACAGGCAUCCCUUGCUCUGGCCCCUACUUUCCCAUCCCCCGCGGAGUAGUGCUGAUCUAAAUUGUCACCGCUGCAUCCUGGCUGUCAUUUUUGAAGAACACAAGAUUUUUGUUUUGUUUAUGUAUGUGUCUGUGUGUGUGUAUGAUUCUUAUUAACCUUAUUGCUUUCUGUGUGACCUUGUCUAUGGGACGAAAAGGAUAUUUGUGCAGCCCCAAAAGUAUGUACGCUGGCGUGGGGGAGAAGGAAGCAAAAGGGGAAGGGAGUAGAGGGAGAGUCCAGGAGGAAGGAGGAGAGACUGCGAGAGCCGAGCAUCAGGCCGACACUAGCUGCCAGCCAAUCAGAGACGCGCUCAGGAGCUGCAGAGACCCAGCCUGGGAGCCUGGGGCUGGAGGUGCGCGGAGCUGGAGCCUGGGCUCUCCGAGGACCGGGAGCAGCAGUGCCCAGAGCUCUGAGAAAGUACCCCCUCUGCUUCUCAUAAAUUAAGUUCCUUUCCACCAGUUAGGGCAAGUCAGCCAAGGUAGAAAAUGAUGACCUGCGCUAAUCUACAGUGACAACUUGGGAUGCAAUGGCUGCCCCUGUGUUUCCACUUAUGAAUAGGAAGUAAAUAUGGUCUGACUUUCCCUGAUGGGCAGCUAAAUCAUGGACAGACUAAAUGACUUACUUUGGACUGUCCUUCCAAAAGAUGUUUUGGCUUCUCUCUUGAAUGCUUACUGAGCCCUUGUAGGCCACGAAGACAAGAAGGACUGUGAACGGGAAGUGAUCUUACAAUGAGAAUUACGAGCACAUCUUGCAUCUGUCCAGUCCUCGUGUGUCUCUGUUUUGUGCAGAGGUGUUAUGGAACUGCUCACCACAGCUCCAUUAAGGUGACCAGAAACCAAACCAAACACACUGAAGGGGAAACUGAAGUACACCAUCGUCCCAAGAGAGGAUGGGUGUGGAACCAGUUCUUUGUUUUAGAAGAACAUAUGGGACCAGACCCACAGUAUGUUGGAAAACUGCACUCCAACUCUGAUAAAGGCGAUGGCUCUGUCAAGUACAUCCUUACUGGAGAAGGAGCUGGGACUAUAUUCAUCAUUGACGACACCACUGGUGACAUCCACUCAACCAAAAGCCUGGACAGAGAGCAGAAGACUCACUAUGUACUUCAUGCCCAGGCUAUUGACAGACGGACGAACAAGCCUCUGGAACCUGAGUCUGAGUUCAUCAUCAAAGUGCAAGACAUCAAUGACAAUGCUCCGAAGUUCACAGACGGACCAUACAUCGUUACUGUGCCUGAAAUGUCAGAUAUGGGUACCUCUGUACUACAGGUGACAGCUACAGAUGCAGAUGACCCCACAUAUGGAAACAGUGCUCGAGUUGUUUACAGCAUCCUGCAAGGACAACCUUAUUUCUCUGUAGAUCCUAAAACAGGAGUCAUUCGAACCGCUUUACACAACAUGGAUAGAGAAGCCAGAGAGCAUUACUCAGUGGUCAUUCAAGCCAAAGACAUGGCUGGGCAAGUUGGCGGACUUUCUGGAUCCACAACUGUCAACAUUACCUUGACUGAUGUCAAUGACAACCCACCACGGUUCCCACAGAAACACUAUCAACUGUAUGUUCCUGAGUCUGCUCAAGUUGGUUCAGCUGUUGGAAAAAUCAAGGCAAAUGAUGCAGACACGGGCUCAAAUGCAGAUAUGACCUACUCCAUCACUAAUGGAGAUGGUAUUGGAGUAUUCUCUAUAUCCACUGACAAGGACACCAGAGAAGGAAUACUUUCCUUAAAGAAGCCACUGAACUAUGAGAAAAAGAAGUCUUACACACUCAACAUUGAGGGAGCAAAUACACAUCUGGAUUUCCGCUUUUCCCACUUGGGUCCAUUUAAGGAUGCCACCAUGCUGAAGAUCAUUGUUGGGGAUGUGGAUGAACCACCACUCUUUUCUAUGCCUUCCUAUGUCAUGGAAGUCUAUGAAAAUGCCAAGAUUGGGACGAUUGUUGGCACUGUCUUGGCACAGGAUCCAGACAGUGCUAACAGCUUAGUAAGGUAUUUCAUCAACCACAGUACUGAAGAGGAGAGAUUUUUCAACAUUGAUGCAAAUACUGGAACCAUUAAGACAUCCAAAGUACUGGAUAGAGAAGAAACACCCUGGUACAAUAUCACAGUGACUGCUUCAGAAAAUGACAAUCCUGAUUUGCUGAGCCAUGUCUCCGUGGGUAUUAGAGUUCUGGAUGUCAAUGACAAUCCACCCGAACUUGCCAGGGAAUAUGAUAUUGUUGUCUGUGAGAAUUCUAAGCCUGGUCAGGUUAUCCACACUAUCACUGCCACUGAUAAAGAUGACUUUGCCAAUGGACCAAGAUUUAAUUUUUUUCUUGAUGAACGCCUGCCCAUGAACCCAAAUUUCACACUUAAGGACAAUGAAGCAGCAGCAGCACCCUCACCAUCAGGGUUUGUGCAUGCGAGAGAGAUGGGCGCGUUCGGACCUGCCAUGCAGAAGCCUUCCUGUCCUCCGCUGGUUUGAGCACAGGAGCCCUAAUCGCCAUUCUUCUCUGUGUUGUCAUUCUUCUA